AGGCUUCUAAGGAGAUUAUGAGCUAGAAAUUAGUUUCUGUGUUAAUUUCAUUACUGAAGAGAAGAACGUAAUUAGGUUCAAAAAUGUGGCUGGAUGAAGCAGAUGGCUUUGCUGAAAUAUUCAAAGGCUAUUUGCCUUUUUAUCUUUUCGUUGCCCUACCUAUUUUCAUUAUAAUGUCUCCAGUUAAUCCUGUGGCGGCCUCACACGAAUUUUCCGUGUACAGAAUGCAACAAUAUGACUUACACACCGUUCCCCAUGGUUGUCGUAGUGCCAGCUUCAACUUAGAAGGUCGUUCUUUAACAUCAUGGAGCACAUCACGCCACUGUGUCGUUGCACGCGUACAGGAAAUAACUUUAGAACAGUUCCUAGAAAUCCGCAACAAAGCUGGGGCGUUGUUAUUAGUAUUACCUAAAAAUGAAACUCUUUUGACGCCUGAAGAAAGAGAGCAUAUUCAAUUGCUGGAAAUGGCGAUGGUACAACAAGAGAUCAAUGCACCUGUGUACUUUGCUCGUUGGACUCCUGAAAUGGAGGACAUUCUGGCUGACCUCCAGCAUAGUUUUAUUACGGAUGACAAGUCAGGAACUGCUCUAGAGGCGAUGUUCAACACUGUAUCAUCAAAUGGAUAUCAAAUUGUUGUCUCAGCCCCAACUCCACAGAAGCUCGAUUCUAAACCAGUCACGUUACACGGCAAACUUAUUGGGCGCUCUGGUUCAGCUCAAACCAUUGUUAUUGCUGCAAAUUACGAUUCCGCUGCCCUCGUACCGGAAAUAUCCCAAGGCGCAGAUUGUAAUGCAUCAGGAGCGGUAGCAUUACUGGAAUUGGCCAGGAUAUUCUCGCGUAUAUACUCAACGGCUGGGGGGCGCGGAGCUCCGACUUUGGUCUUUGUGCUGACUUCGGUGGGGCACUCGCUCAACUAUUUCGCCACUAAGAAAUGGCUAGAAGAACAAUUGGACUCCAGUGACGCUUCAUUGCUUCAAGACGUGUCGUUCGUCAGUUGCAUGGAGUGCGUGUCGCGCGGCCCGGUGCGCAUGCACGUGUCCCGCCCCCCGCGUGCGCCCUCCCCCGCGCACUCCUUCCGCUCGCGGCUCGGGGCCCCACUGCAGCACAAAAAGAUCAACCUCGCCGACGAGCUGCUCGCCUGGCACCACGAGAGGUUCAGCAUCAGGAGGAUGACGGCCUUCACUCUUAGUUCAUUGCAGAGUCACAAAGAUUCAGGAAGGAGUACAGUACUGGAUACACCGUCUGAAGACAGAAUCCAAAAUUUAGUAUCAAACGUGGCCAGGAUAGCACGUGCUCUGGCCUCACAUAUUUACAACAUCACUGAUGAUGAGAACGAUGAGGAUGCAGGUUUAUAUGAUGAUGUACUGAAUGUAGAUGAGGCAGCAAUAAGAUAUUGGUACAAUUAUUUAUCAUCUCAAUCAAGAUCUGCUCACAUAGUCACAACAUCCCCGAACGGAGGUGUGACCGGAGCAUUAGAAAGAGUAUUGUCUAGAUACAUGGAGGUUACCGUGAGCACACACGCCGUCGAUAAACGAGAGCCUGAGUAUACUCUGUACUCACCCACUAGCGCCACCUUGUACGUUUACAGCGUUAAGCCGGCGGUCUUCGAUCUCAUUCUAACAUUAGCAAUAGUUUGUUAUUUAGCUGUAGUUUAUUUCGCGAUACAAGCCUUCCCGCGUUUCUACGAAGAAUACGCGAAGAUCGUUACGGGCAAGACCAAAGUACAAUAGAGAGUUGUUACGUUACUGUGUGGGAAGGGAACGCUUACAAAGACAGCUAGCUAUACACUCGUUCUCCGUAGUAACUUCUAUUUUUUUUAACUGAAAAGGCAAAGGUAUCAUACCAUACAGCCUGAUCCUUUUUUUUAUGAGAAAUCAUAAUAUGAAGUCAAAUGAAAUGAUUGAUUAAUUUUACAUUAAUUUUCAUUAAUCAAUUGGCAUGAAAUAAGAUGUGGUGAUAUGGGAUGAAAAAAAUCUCAGUAAAAAGGU